CUCCUCCAGGAGCUCCAUGUCGGGUGGAGGCGGAAACAGGGGUUAUAGCAGCAACUCCAUGUACGGUGGAGCCGGAGGCUCCUCUGUUAAGAUCUCUAGCGGCUCCUCCUUGUUUUCAAGCGGUGGAGGUGGUGGAGGAGGCUAUGGCUUCGGCUACGGUGGUGGUGGAGGAGGAGGUGGAGGUGGAGGUUCAGGGUUUGGUUUUGGCGCUGGUGGCGGCGGCGGCGCCGGAGGAGGUGGUGGUGGAGGUGACAUCUCUGCCAACGAGAAGGCCACCAUGCAGAAUUUGAACGACCGGCUGGCCAGCUACCUAGAGAAGGUCCGCCUGCUGGAGACAGCCAACUCGGAGCUGGAGCUGAAGAUCAGGCAGUUCCUGGAGAGCAAGACGUCUCCGUCCUCCAGGGACUACAGCGCCUUCUACGCCACCAUCGCAGAGCUGCAGGGAAAGAUCCAAGCCGCCACCAAAGUCAACGGCGGCAUCUACCUCUCCAUCGACAACGCCAAGCUGGCCGCCGAUGACUUCCGGCUCAAAUUUGAGAGCGAGCUGGCCAUGCGUCAGUCGGUGGAGGCCGACAUCGCCGGUCUGAGGCGGGUCCUGGACGAGCUAACCCUGAGCCGGACCGAUCUGGAGAUGCAGAUUGAGGGCCUGAGGGAGGAACUGAUCUUCCUGAAAAAGAACCAUGAGGAGGAGCUGAUGUCCAUGCGGACACAGAUGAGCGGCCAAGUCAAUGUGGAGGUGGACGCCGCACCGGGACCAGACCUCAACAAGCUCAUUGCCGAAAUUCGUGAGCAGUAUGAAGCAAACACCGCCAAAAACCAGAGGGAGCUGGAGGCCUGGUUCCAGAGCAAGUCGGAAGCACUGAACCAGGAGGUGGCCAUCAACACCGAGGUCAUCAAUACGUCCAAGUCUGAGCUCACAGAUCUGAAGCGGACUCUGCAGGGUCUAGAGAUCGAGCUGCAGUCUCAGCUCAGCAUGAAAUCGUCCAUGGAGGCCACCCUUGCCGAGACCCAGAACCGCUACUCGAUACAGCUGUCCGGGUACCAGAACCAGGUUAGCGCCAUGGAGGGGCAGCUGAUGCAACUAAGGGGCGACCUGGAGCGGCAGGGACGAGAAUACCAGAUGCUGCUGGACAUCAAGACCCGGCUGGAGAUGGAAAUUGCCGAGUACCGGAGGCUCCUGGACGGGGAAGGCGGCGGCAGCAGCAGGUCCUCCAAAACCACCACCACCACCAUCACCAGCGGCGCCGGCAGCACCGGCAGCAGCAGCAGCAGCAGCACCAAAGUCACCAAAUACAUAGCCAUCACACAAGACAUUGUGGACGGGAAGGUGGUGAGCACUUCAGAGGAGGUCGUUAAAUAGAUCCGGCAACUCCAGCUAGAUCUGUCUCGCAGAAACAAACCAAUAAAAGUUUCACAAUAAAAGCUGUGUCUGUCAAA